AUGAGUUUUAGUUCCCCGUCGAAGGUAGUUCCAGAAGCCGAAGCCCAGCGUGAGGCGGAGCCGAGCCCCGAGUCGCGGGCAGGGCAGCCGGAGGCGCAGGCGGAGUGGGAGCCGGAGCCGCAGGGGUCCGAGCUCCUCCACGCCGGGAGGCGAUUCGCGGGGACGCAGGAGGCGUCGCCGCGCCGGGUCUUGGUGAGUCGGGGCUCGUCCCUUUGGUCGCACAAGUCGGCCAGCCGGGGGUCUGCGGACAGCAAGCUCCGCUGCCACACCGACUGCCUGGAGACUCCGCUCAACCACGCCUUCCAACGGCUGGGCUGGGCGGUGGGCGCGCACCCCUGGUUCUUCCUGCUGGGGCCCUUGGUGCUGACGGCCCUUCUGGGCACUGGCUUCGUCCACAUGCCGAAGGACAAAGAGGAGGACCUGGAGGAGCAGUACUCCCCGGUGGGGAGCCCGGCCAAGAAGGAGCGGUACUUCGUGCAGGGGCACUUCACCACCAACGACUCCCUUCGCUUCUCCGCCACCAGGAAGAGCACCGACGUCAAUUUCGCCAGCAUCCUGGCGUUCUCCCACACGCCCUCGCUGUUGGAACCCGACAUCUUCAGUGAGGUCAGUAAGCUGGACCACGCGGUGCAGGCCCUGUUCGUGGUGCAGGAAGACGGAACCCGCAUCCAGUACGCGCAGGUGUGCGCCAAGCUCAUGGGCGGCUGCGUGCCCUCCAACCCGCUCCUGGCCGCCUGGCAGGGGAAGAAAGACUUGAACCUGAAAAACAUCACCUUCCCCAUGUACAACCUCAACCAUCAGGUCAUCUAUCUGACCGGCCUCGUCGGAGGAAUCGUCUUGGGCGAGACGGAGGGGAAGAACCAGAUCCUGGUGCAGGCCAGAGCCCUGCGGCUGCAGUACUAUCUGCAGACCGAGCGCGCUGAGGACAACGAGAGGAGCCGGAAGUGGCUGAUCCAUUUCCUGAACCGGUUCAGCGACAUGAAGGAUGGGCUGGCCCUGAAGAAGAUCCAGGCGGUCUACUUUACGUCACUUUCCAGACAAUUGGAAUUUGAGGCAACUUCUAGGACAGUGAUCCCUCUGUUUCACUUGGCAUACCUUCUAAUCAUAUUAUUUGCAGUCAUAUCAUGUUACAGGUUUGACUGUGUACGAAACAAAAUGUGGGUUGCAACCUUUGGAGUGAUUUCUGUUGCCCUGGCAGUAGUGAGUGGCUUUGGCCUGAUGUUGUACAUUGGGGUUCCAUUUGUGAUCAUAGUUGCAAAUUCACCAUUUCUUAUUCUAGGCAUUGGGGUCGAUGACAUGUUUAUCAUGAUUUCUGCCUGGCAGAAGACCAGCCUCAUGGAGAACAUAAGACAGCGACUGUCCAGUGUCUAUUCAAAGGUGGCCGUCUCCAUCACUGUCACCACCAUCACCAACGUCCUGGCCUUCUAUACAGGGGUUGUGACCUCUUUCAGGUCCGUACAGUACUUUUGCAUCUACACAGGAACAACCCUGCUCUUUUGUUAUUUUUAUAACAUCACCUGUUUUGGAGCAUUUUUGGCUCUGGAUGGUAAGAGAGAAGUAGUCUGUUUACACUGGUUGAAAAAGCCAGAGACUCCUGACCAAAAAUGCUCCUCUUUAAAAAGGUCCUGCUGUUUCCCAUUUGGUUCUCUCCCAGAUGAACAUGGAAGUGCUACCCAUCCAAUGAAUUUGUUCUUUAGAGACUAUUUUGGCCCUUUUCUCACAAGCACUGAGUCCAAGUGUUUUGUAGUGCUGCUAUACAUUCUGUAUAUCAUAAGCAGUAUAUAUGGGUGUUCCCAAGUGCAGGAAGGUUUAGAUGUUCGAAAUCUGGCAAGUGACGAUUCCUACGUUACACCAUAUUUUGAUGUAGAUGAAAAAUUUUUUUCAGAGUAUGGCCCCAUGGUUAUGGUUGUCGUUACUAAAAAUGUUGACUACUGGAAUAAAGAUGUUAGGCAAAAAUUGGAACAGUGUAUGACAGAUUUUGAAGACAAUAGGUAUGUAGAUAAAAAUCUCACAGAGUUUUGGUUAAGAACAUAUGUACAGUAUUUGGAAGAAGCAAAACAAGAUAUAAAUGAUAAGGAUACUUUUGUAAACAAUAUUCCCAUAUUUUUAAAGAAUUUUUCAAAUUUUGUAUAUGAUAUUAAUAUUUCAUCAUCAAAUGAAAUAAUUUCUUCCCGGGCCUUCAUUCAGACCAGGGAUGUUUCUACUCCAACCAAUAAGAAGAUGAUGUUACAACAGCUUCGAGGCAUCGCUGCGAAGUGUGAAAUUCCGCUAUUGGUGUAUAACCAGGCCUUCAUCUAUUUUGAUCAGUAUGCUGUAAUAGUGGAAAAUACUAUUCGAAGUGUCACGGUUGCAUCACUAGCUAUGUUCAUUGUUUCUUUACUGUUAAUUCCUCAUCCACUGUGUUCCUUGUGGGUAACUUUUGCUAUUGCUUCUGUGGUUGUGGGAGUAACAGGCUUCAUGGCAUUCUGGAAUGUCAGUCUUGAUUCCAUAUCCAUGAUGAAUCUUGUCAUUUGUAUAGGGUUUUCUUUCGAUUUUUCUGCACACAUAUGCUAUGCAUUUGUUUCCAGUUCUAAGCCCUCAGUAAACCAAAAAGCAAUUGAGGCAUUGUAUCUACUAGGUUAUCCGGUGUUACAAAGUGCAGUUUCAACAGUAAUAGGCGUGUGUGUUUUAUAUACAUCUAACGCAUACAUCUUCAGGACAUUUUUUAAGAUUAUAUUUCUUGUUAUGGUGUUUGGGGCUGCUCAUGGCCUAAUUUUCAUUCCAGUAUUCUUAACCUUUUUUGGAAGCUUUGGUUGAAUGUCCACUAACAAAUCAAAGGCCACUUACAGAAUUCCUGAUUGCCCCAAUUCAAUCCGAUAAAAAUCCACUACUAGGAAUAGUCAGUAAACUUAAAACAAAGGCAUGUUUCCUUGACCUGGAAUCCCAUUUUAAAAUGUUAUUUAAAAUAUCCUGAGAAAAAUUAGUCUCACAUUAAAAUAUCUUUACUAAAUUAGGAGGUGUUGUCAUCUUUAUUAUAGUCUGUAC